UCUAAUACAAAAUAAAUAAGAGUGUGAAAAGGGCUAAGACGAAAUAAAGUGUUGAUUAGAACAACACUAUGAUUAAUUAUCGUGAGUUAAAAAAAGGUUAAAGGAAAGUUUGAAACUCAUGAAUAUUUUAAAUUAUUAUUGGAGUAAGGUAAAUUUUAUUAUUUUGCUUUUAUUGUUGUUGCAUAAUAUUAAUUUCCGAGAUGACGAGAAUUCUAAUUAUUUUUCUAUGGCUUUUUAGGCAUGAGUUUCAUCUUUAUAUUAGUUUACCUCUUAUGAUAGGGAUAUUGAUUAAUUUUAAUGGAUUGAGGAAUGUAUACUCUCUAAAUACAGAAGGUAUAAACGCUGAAAACAUAAUCCAAGCUCAGUUUGGAAAUAAAAAUCAAUUAAUGGAAGGACAAAAACAGUAUGAAAUUAUUACGAGCAAGUUACCUCAGUAUGGAGAGUGUUGGAAGAGGGCAGUAGAAGAUCUUCAUAAAGGCUGUAAGGAACUAACUGACGAUAUUCAAAGUCGUGUGGCUCUUAAAUUUACAAAUUGUUUUUUACAGAAGUUAGGAAUGAAAACAUAUCCUUGCAGUAAUGAAAUUGAAGUUAGUGAAUGUAUUCACGAUAUUAAUGACAAGGCAUUUGCAUCAUACACAGAGUUUUUUACACAUACCCAAAGUAUAUGUUUUUUUCUUCAAAGUCAAGUUUGGCAAGAACAAACAGAAACUGUCAUUUCAAAGUUGUCAGUAAAUUCUGCUCGGGUCAGCCAUCAACUUAAAGUGGCAGGUGAAACACAAGAACAACUACUGCAACUACAAAGACUUUCUCUCAAUAAUCAAAAUAAACUUGCCAAAAGUGGAGAAGGAUUGAGUUUAGAGUUGGAGCGCUCUCGAGAUAAUGUUCGGAUUCUUUUUGAAGAGUUCAGAUCAUCAACCAAUGAACAGCGUAUGAUGAUCUUUGAGGUAUUUGAACGUGUGUCUAAACUGCAAUCAUUUGUUCUAGGUGAAUUUUCUGGGUUUUACUCUUUGGUUUUUUAUUUAGUUGCAGCUUUUGUGUCAUAUUUGUUAACAUCCACAUCUCGCACCAGUGAAGCAAGGUUUUGGCUGUUUGCUCUUUUUACUGCAAACAUUCUCAUUGAGAGACUACUUACUCAGUAUAGUCUUGAAGCUGAAGCUAAACAAAAUAAACUCUUGGAAGCAGAUGGUCCUGUUUAUUGGCACAUCUGCCUAUGUCGGAAGAUAGUGUGUGGCUUGGCAGUAGCUAUUUUAAGCUGGUUUGCUUAUAAGUUCCAAGAUUAUGCAAUUAUAAAUAAUCAACUUUUAACAGAAAUACAACAGCAAAACAAAGAACUAAAGAACUAUCUGGAAAACAUGGGACACACUACUCCUGGAAGCUUUUACCCAAUGGCCGUAGGAACUUCUUUAAAUAAUUCCUCUUUUUCUGACCAAAGGUCACUCACUUCAGAGUCAGGUUUAAACAGUUCCUCAGAUUUUUCUGAUGAUGAAACCUUUAUCUGCAACCUUUCACACAGUGAAGUAAAUGAAAAAAUACCUGAAAUAACACCCAAUGGUAUACCCCUUGGAGAUAUCAGAUGGAAUAGAGGAGACUCGCAACUAAUCAACCAGGCAACAUUUGGAGCGACAUCUGAUGCUCAAGUGAAAAACAAACCUGAAAAAACAGGAGUCACUGAGCGACGUUACAACCUUCGUGCUCGUAACAAGCCACAGCAGACUACGAAUGAAGUUAUUACAGAUGAAUCUCCAAAAACAUUCGCCAAGACUGUAAAGAAGCUUGCUAGUAUUUCAAGACAUAAUAGUCAAAAAGUUCAGCAGACGAUGAAACACUUGAAAAAACAACAUGCCCCUUUCUUUUCAUCGGAUGAGGACUAACUUUUUUUUUAAUGUGUGCAUUUCGGAAAUCAAAUAAACUAAAUUUUACAAAGAAGUAGACAUUGUGUUAGCUCACUGAUAAAACUAUCUUAAAAUCCAAGAAGUUUAGGACCAGAUCUUUUUAUUCAUUCCACAAUAAAGGCCCAACACAAAGUCACAAUGAAUUUUUACAAGUGGAAGAAAA